AUGGCAACAGUUGAAUGCUCAGCAGAUUUGUAUGAGCAAUACAGGAAAGGUGAUAGACUACCUCUAACUGCUGGAGCAGUAAGAGACUUUUAUUUGCCUGAUGUCGAACUAAAAAAGCCCGCCGUUGUACAAGUUCAGAAUUUGAAAUGUGAGAAAGAAAACACAUUGAAUUGCUGUGCUCGUGCGAAAAUCUCAGACGGGUUCUUCUACUCUAACUCUGCUUUCUUUUCUGACAUUCUAACAUCAAAGUUUGAGAGAGAUAAUAUUAUUGGAAAGUCCGAUGAUUCCAACACGGGAGGAGAAAUUAUUUUAAUCAAAAAAAUAAGAAAACAAGGCAAUCUGACUGCUCAAGGUUUGGUACCUGUCAUCAUCGAAGAAUAUGAACUUCUCAGCAGAGGACAUGAACUUGUAAACAAUGGAAAACAAAACAAGAUCUUGGAUCUCAAUACUGCUGAGCAAUUCCGUGAUUUCAUCCCAUCUGCGGAGAUUACCGUUGCUUGGUUGAAAGCACAGAGCAAAGACGGUGCGAAACAGUCAGACAUGAAAGGAGCUCGUGCUCCACCUCCUAGUGGAAAGCAGAAUGCUGCACAAUCUAACAUUACUCCAAUUAAAAUGAUCACCCCCUAUGUUAACAAAUGGAGAAUCUGUGGACGGUGUACUAACAAGGAAGAGCUCAGAGAUAUCAAAACCAGAAAUGGCGAAAUGAAAGUUUUUAACUUUGACUUAACUGACAAAGAUGGUGAUUGUAUACGUUUAGCAGGUUUUGGAGAUAGCGCUGUUCGUGCUUACAACGUCAUUCAAAACGAUUGCUGUUAUUAUAUUUCUGGUGGUACUGUUAAGCAAGCAAACCGCACUUUCAAUGCUACUGGUCAUGAUUACGAGUUGACCCUCCGAAACGAUACUGAGAUUACUCCAUGCCAUGACACUUUCCAACUUCCACCCUUCUCUCUGAAGGCUUGUCCAUUGGAUCGUUUGGCUCAGCAUAAAGAUCAAAUCAUUGAUAUUCUGGCUGUUGUAGACAAAAUGGAAGGUCUUAACGAUUUUGUUUCUCGUGCCGGAAAAAAUAUGACCAAACGAGAAGUGAAUCUUAUUGAUACCACAGGAACGAUUGUUCAACUUGUGUUAUGGGGAGAACAAGCUCGUAAUAUGGAUGAGAACGCUUCAGGUCAAGUAAUCGGUAUCAAAGGAUGUGUUGUCAAGGAGUGGAACGGUAGUAUCAGUUUGAGCACUGUCGGAGGGUCUAAGAUCGAGCUCUCUCCUAACUUACCUGGAGUUCAAAAUUUGUAUGGAUGGCAUCAGUGUGAGCGUCCAAAGAUAGAAGCCAAAACUCUUACUUCUAACAGCUCAGGAUCUGAUUCUUUCUCUAGAGAUUUCAAACUGAUCGGAGCUGCUUGUGCUUUGCAAUUAGGAAACGAGCCUGAUCAACCAAACGGUCGUUACAUCAGUAUGAAAGCCAUGGUUACUAACACUAGAGCUGAAAACGCCAUUUACAUAGCUUGCCCCAAUGAAGGUUGUCAGAAGAAGGUUAUUCAACUUGAUGCUCAAUAUCGUUGUGAGAAGUGUAAUACAACUAGUGAUAAUUACAAAUGGAACUACAUGGCAUCCAUGGAAGUGACGGAUUGUACAGGAUCCAUCUGGGUUACUUUGUUCGGCAAGUCUGCUGAAAAAGUUUUGGGACGUACUGCCAACGAACUAGGAGAGUUGAAAGAAGGAGAUACCGAUGCUUACAAUGCCGUUUUCGAACAAAUCCGAUUCAAAUAUUAUAAUUGGAGAAUAAGAGCCAAGCCAGAAACCUAUAACGAUGAGACCAAAAUGCGGUACAAUGCUGUUGAUGUCACUGAUGUCAACUACGACAAGUAUAUCGCCGAAUUGAAAAAGGGUAUCGAGGCCCUUGAAGCUAUUUAA